AUGGUGGCGUCAGAGUCGGGCGAGUACGAGUACGAGCCGUGGGCCGAGGAGCGCCGCGAGCGAAUCCGACGGCGAGAGGCCAUUCUCGAUGCCGUGCCCAUCACCCCCUCCUCCGCAUCCGCCGCUAAGCAAUCUCCACGCGCAUUGGCCGCCGCAAGAGCCGGCGCUGGCGGACUGACGGGCGCGAGCGGCGCGGCGGAGGAGCUUAGCUCGCCGUCGAAGACCAAGGAGGGGAAGGAGGGGAAGGGCGCGGAGAGGCGAGACACGUGGGGGGACGACAGCGGCGUUGCGCGGUCGAUCGCUCGCCCAAUGACGUUCCUGCGUAGUGUGGCGCGGUUCUACUGCACCAUCUUCCUCCUCUUCCUCCUCCUCACCGCCUGCCAGGUGUAUGUCAUGUGGACGGAGGAGCUGGGGGCGCUGGAGGUGUCCUCUACAGGCCUCUCGUCGCUGCUCAACACGAGCAAGCCAGCGAAGCUCACGCGGCGAGUCGUGCUCUCCACCAUGGCGCGAGACAUCAUGGACCUGCAAGCGUCCCUCACGGCCAGCAUGGCACAGCUACAGCAGCAGCAGGCAGCACUGACCAAUCAGACAGCCCAGUCGCUGCAGGCGCUGGAAGCGCGGGUGACAGGUGGCAGCAGGCGAUUGGUGGACUUCACGCGGGCCAUGGGGGAGAAGCAGGCGGGGGAGGUGCAGGGCGUGCGCGCGCGCGUGGAGGAGAUGGGGCGCGCGCUGGCCAAGCAGGGGGAGAUGCUGGCCGAGCAGAUGGCUGCUGUCACUGCGCUCAAGGCGGAUCUGGAGAUGCGCAAGGCAGCGGCCACCCCUCCCAGCAACUACACGCUGUACUACAUCACGAACGACCACCCUGACCUCUGGCGCCAACGCUCCUUCCGCCGCUACGCCUCCUACGGCUUCGUCAAGUUCAGCGCCUACCGCGUGUCCCCAUCGCGCAUAGCCAUCCUGGGCCUGUCAGCCCUGGCGCUGCACGGAGUGCACCGGCUGUCGCUGUGCGAGUGGCACGGCGUGGAUGGGUCCGUCAUACCGGGGGUGCUGGAGAUGAUCUAUGUGGGCGAACACCAUAACUUCCUGUACGAGACAGUGGUGGUCAACUGCCAGCUGGAAUCACCUGUGCAAUCACCUGGAGGCUACCUGAAGGCGCGCAUCAACUCGGAGAUCCUCUACCCCUUCAGAGAAUCCAAGUCUGAGCCCAUCACGCUCCCCACGGCCCCCUUCAAGCACCGGCUGCUCUUCUGUGGGCCGCCCAUGUACGGUGCCAUGGAGCCUCGUGUGCUGCUCGAGUGGCUGGACUACCACCGCGUGUACGCCGCAGCCGACCACUUCAUUCUCUACGAUGCGGGCGCCGUGGGCGUGGCGGUGCGGCACACGCUGCAGGGGUACCUGGCGGGGGGCGUGGUUGAAAUCACCGACUUUCGCGAGGCGCAGCAGUGGGACACGUGGCUGUAUGGGCAGUCACUGGCCAUUCAGGACUGCAUGUAUCGAUCGCGCCGCACAGCCCAGUGGGUGUUCAUGCAGGAUUUUGACGAGUUCCUGGAGCUGCUGCCGCCCCUCACAAUGCCGGCUCUCCUGGACAAGUACCACGACCGCCCCUGGAUCACCUACGGCUGCACCGUCUUCAACAUGUCCUUCUGUGUCGAUACCCCCCGCGACGCCUCCUCCGCUGCCUCGAAUCCCAACCGCCGAAGCGGGGACCUUCGCGGCGCCGCCGCUAGUGGUGGGCGGAGGGUGCAUAUGGAGGGGCUGCUUAUAGAGAGGAUGCAUUUCCGGUGGCCGCACGUGUACUGUAUGGACACGCAGAAAUACCGCCCAGAGCACUGUCUAGACCAGGAGGGGCACCGGAAAUACAUCCUCAACCCGCGCAAAGUGCAGGCCGCUCAGAUCCACAUCGUCGUCAAAACAGAGGACGGCGGGGGAGGCACGGCGGCCGGCGGAGGGGAGGGCUCGGGGGAGGGAGCAGGGGAGGGCGUGGGGGAGGGCGUGGGGGAGGGAGUGGAUAUGGAUACGGAUGACAUGCGGCUGGCGCAUUACAGGGGCCUGGCCACCAAGGGGUCGAGGAUGUGUGAGCUGGGGGAGCCCAAGGACUGGUGGAUGCGGUACGAUCGGGUUGGGAGGAUUGCCGCGGCCGUGUGGAACUGCCCUCUCGUCGCCAGUAACCGCCAGGUGGGGGAGUCUGGAGCAAGGUUGGAGGGCAGGGGGUGUUGUGGGGCGUGA